GGAAAAGUAUCAGCUGCUCCUAAUCCUGGCCGAUUAAGUUGAGCAUCUCACAGCCAGCUGAGAGACCUUCUUCAGCCGGCUCCCGUCCUAUUUCCCUCUUCCGUUUCCCCUCAAGCAGGGAGUCGUCAUCAUGCCGCCCAAGAAGGACGCGAAGGGAGCUGCUUCCAAGCAGUCGGCGAAGCCCGCCAAGAAGAAGGAAGGAGGCGGAGGUGGCAAGGCCAAGAAGAAGAAGUGGUCCAAGGGAAAAGUCCGUGACAAGCUUAACAACCAGGUUCUCUUCGAUAAGGCCACAUAUGAUAAACUUCUUAAGGAAGUCCCUGCUUACAAACUUAUUACCCCCUCUGUUGUGAGUGAAAGACUGAAGAUCAGAGGUUCCCUCGCCAGGAGAGCACUGGACGAGCUUCUCCAGAAGGGUAUGAUUAAGCAAGUCAUCAAGCACCACGCACAGGUGAUCUACACAAGAGCUACCAAGGGUGAUGACCCCGCGUAAAUUUAAUUUUGUUAAUUUUGUAAUGGUGUUAUUUAAGUAACUAAAUAGCAUUAUUACUA